GCUCGAUAUAGGCACAACUUCGUACGGAAGGUAGAGUAACAAGAGAUGAGACGAUCGAGGGUAGACUCCCUCCAUGGGUCCAACCUCGAGCGGGCCGUCGCACUCAGCAAACGUUCUAAUAGCGCCUACAAGCAAACGCUGCAGAAGCCGCCUUUAUUCAGAAGAGCGUGUUCAGGACGACGAAGGCUCGCGACUGCGGCGCAGUCACAGCUACUUUCUACCACUGACAGGCAUAGGUCAUCAAAUGCUAGCGACAAGGUUAUCAAUGCUGCAUUUUAGCUUUAUGCUGGCAAUCCACGCCUCUGCGCAGUGCACUUGUAGCAAGCUCCGGAAUAUUGACCACUCCUAACUGCACGCGAAAUAUGCCUUUUGGCCGACAUCUCCCAAAGCAAUCUCAUCUCAUGCUCCAUCUCCACGCCGAACCCUUUUGUCUGAACAUUCUUGCCGGCUCUCCUUGCAGUCGUGCAUGCCGCCGGCGACGUCCUUGACCACGUCCUCAAGCCUUGUCCCGAUCAUUGCUUGCCCCGUGCGAAACUUGAUGCAGAUG